GCGCUGCGGCCAAUGCACCACGUUGAUCCAAAGCCAGGAGCCAGGUGCUUCUCCUGGUGUCCCAUGUGGGUACAGAGCCCAAGCACUUGGGCCAUCCUCCACUGCCUUCCUGGGCCACAGCACAGAGCUGGACUGGAAGAGGAGCAACCGGGACAGAAUCUGGCUCCCCGACCGAGACUAGAACCCGGUGUGUCAGUGCCGCAGAUGAAGAAUUAGCCUACUGAGCUGCGGCACUGGCCAUAAAAUAAAUUUUUAAAAAAAUUUUUAUUUACUUGAAAGAGGUCUCCCACCCAGUGGUUCACUCCCCAGAUGGCUGCAGUGGCUGGAGCUGGGCCAGGAUGAAGCCAGGAGCCUGAGAUGCCAUCCAGGUCUCCCAUGUGGGCAGCAGGGGCCCUGGCACUUGUCUUCGGGGGCAGUGGAGCAGCUGGGAUUUGAACUGGGGCUCAUGUAGGAUGCUGGCUUUGCAGGCAGUGGCCUAUCCCGCUGUAGCACAAGACACCCCCAAGUAGUGUCUUAAUGACUGUGCUAAAUGCCUGCGCCUCCCGGCUCCGUGUCUUGUUUGAUGCGCCUCAUCCUGGCCAUGGGCUUCCCUGGAGGUUAGAGGGGAUUGAGUGUUGUCCACGUGCGUCAUGCAGGAAGGCCAGUCACCUUCUGUGUUUGCUCACUGCCCAAGGAGCAGGUGCUGCGGCCUGUUCCUCCCCAGGUCCCUGGCAGACAGGAAGCUGGGCAGAGUUCCGUCAGGGCCGGUCCUCUCCCCUGCCUGUGCUGCCCCUGACCAGUGACUCUCUUCUCCCUUUGUGGCCAUGGUUGCUGAGCACCUGCUCUGGCCUGAUGCCGGUUAUGCACCGAGAAUAACAGGCAUCUAUGCCGCUUCCUGGCUAGUAGUGCACACAGGGUUCUGCGAAUCACAGGACUGAAGGCCGAGCAUGGGCAAGAGCUGCAAGGUGGUCGUGUGCGGGCAGGCGUCUGUGGGCAAGACCUCCAUCCUGGAGCAGCUGCUGUAUGGGAACCACGUGGUGGGCUCUGAGAUGAUCGAGACGCAGGAAGACAUCUAUGUGGGUUCCAUUGAGACGGACCGGGGCGUGCGGGAGCAGGUGCGCUUCUACGACACGCGGGGGCUCCGAGACGGGGCCGAGCUGCCCCGGCACUGCUUCUCCUGCACGGACGGCUACGUCCUGGUCUACAGCACGGACAGCCGCGAGUCCUUCCAGCGGGUGGAGCUGCUCAAGAAGGAGAUCGACAAGUCCAAGGACAAGAAGGAGGUCACCAUCGUGGUCCUGGGCAACAAGUGUGACCUCCAGGAGCAGCGGCGCGUGGACCCAGACGUGGCUCAGCACUGGGCCAAGUCGGAGAAGGUCAAGCUGUGGGAGGUGUCUGUGGCCGACCGCCGCUCCCUCCUCGAGCCCUUCGUCUACUUGGCCAGCAAGAUGACCCAGCCCCAGAGCAAGUCUGCCUUCCCCCUCAGCCGCAAGAACAAGGGCAGCGGCUCCUUGGACGGCUGAAGAGCUGCCCCCCCACCCCCACCCCAUCCAGCUCCUGGGACUCGCAGCGUGGGGUGGGCAGCAAGCCGGCCUUGCCGGUCAGCAGGGGGCGCUCUGCCCUCGGCCAGGCAGCGGCGUCACUGCCUCUGGUCUUGGUUAGUGCCCCUCCCCCUCUGCACUUCCCCUCGUGGCCGUCACCAUGUGGGCUCUUCUGUCCUGGGGGCAGUUGUGGGUCAGUGUCCUCCCGUCUGCCCCGGACAGGAAGCAAAGCUGCCGUGAACAAGGGCCCCGUGCAGGCUCUGGUUCCUACUACGCUGCCGAGCGUCCUGCCUGUGAUCCACGCACUUAGAUGCUGGCUGGGUGCUGCGUGUGUGUGUGCAUGUGCGCGCGUGUGCGUGUGUGCAUGUGUGUGCAUGCGCACGUGUGUGCUGGAGUUAGGGGUGUCUCCACAUCCCUCACCCUGACCUUUCCCCUGGCCUUUCUUUGCCUGGAAGAAGCCAAGGGCGAUUCUCUGUCCGAACUCCCCACCCCAGUGUUUCACUUCCCCUUCCUGCUCAGGCAACAGAUGGGCCUCACUGGGUGGAGUGGAGUGGAGUGACCGCUGGGCUGAGUCACGAGCUGCCCUGUGGCCCAGCAAGGCCCGUCCCCUCUCUGGGCCUGUUGUCCCAGCGGAAGGUGACGGGAGUUGCCCGUCUCCUCACUCCUCUUCUAAAGCCGGGGCCUCUGGCCUCCUGGGACUGCUCCCCUUGCUUCCUCCUGAAGGUGCUAAGCCUGCCAGCCCUGGAGGCUGGGGCCCAUCACUCCCUCCGGCCACCAGGGGGCAGGAGUGUACUCCGCUGCCAGAGAGGCCGCCUCUCCCCCACCGGGCUGGCCUCGUCCCCUCCCUGGGGUGGUUUUCAGCCAAGAGCGAACUUCUAUUUAAGUUACCUGUAUUUAUAUGCCUGCGGCCGUGCUGAAGGCUGGAGAAGGUGCUCCUCUUGCCCGCCUUACCUCACACCCCUGAACAGGACAGGGCCAACCAGCAGCCGCUUCUCUGGAGUGGCCGGGCUCGGAUGGUGUCACACACGCCACCAAGUGGGCCGUGACCCCUCAGCUCCGUGCUUCUACCGUGCACACCUGCCCACCCGGGAGACGUUGCAGCCCAGCAGCCUCCAGGCCGGAGGAGGUGAGCAGGAACAGGUGCCGGCGCAGGGCGAGGAGGGGCGGGGCGUCCACAGGCUGGGCUUACAGUUCGUUUAUUGAUGCACUGGACACAAUAAAACCACAACUGCUGUUAUCAAAAAGGGUUCCUCCCUCCCCUCUUUCUCCUCCCAUUGGAAAUGUCCUUGCACAAAAGACGCGGGCGGACACUGUGUGGGCUGAGAGGGCAGGGUUUGGGCCUAGAGCCUAGGACACUGACAGCCUAGGAGUGCUCUCGGGAGCGUGCGUCAGGCUGAACCCCAACACUACGUGACUGGGCUGGCUGGGAGCAGGGAAGCUGGGUCGAGUGCUGGGGACGUUUGAGGUGUGAGCUGUAGGGGCACACGCUUGCUCUGGGGGUCUGGUGUUAGCAGGGUCCUUAGCCUGAGGGACUGGAGAGGACUUGGAAGACUGCAGAGGGGGAGCUUCUGAGGGAUGGACCACUUCCUCCAUUAAAACUGGACCCAGGGGGCUGUGGUUGAGGUACAGUGGGUUAAGUUAAGCUUGACCCGCCGCCUGCCACCCUGGCCUCCUACAUGGGCAACGGUUCAAGUCUGCUGCUCCACUUCUGAUCCAGCUCCCUGUUAAUGCCCCUGGAAAAGCAACAGAAGGUGGCCCAAGUCCUUGAGCCCCUGCCAUCUAUGUGAGAGAUCCAGAUGAAGUGCUGGGCUCCUGGUGCAGCCCUGGCCUUUGUGGCCAUUUGGGGAGUGAACCAGUGGUUGGAAGGUCUCUGUCUCUUUCUCU